AUGUCUGAACCUGCCGUCCCGCUACCGCCGCCUUCGGCCCCUUCGAGCACUUCGCGAGCCCCGCCGCCAUCUUCCCGUAGGUCGCGUGUCCACCAACUGCCCGCAUACCNNAAGUCUGACUCUUUGUCAGAUCGCCUACCCACCGUCUCGGCCUCAGAAGCACUCCUCAGUUUACAGUCUCGCGGACCCCGAACCAUAUCCACCGGCCUUGAACAACUCAAUGCCCUCCUCGGCACCACCAAUCCCGGACUCGGGCGUGGUACUAUCACCGAGAUCUGGGGUCCCUCCGGCUCAGGCAAGACUUCUCUCGCCUUGCAAACGGCAGCACACGCCUUGAACAAUGGCAGCUCGGUCGUCUGGGUAGGUACCANNGAUGCGACGACAGCUUUUGCAAAGUCUAGACUGAACGACUUUCUCGCUGCAAACCCAUCCACUCAUGGCUCCGAGCCUGAUCAGGACACCAGAUUGGAUCGCUUCCACGCUUUCUCGACUCCUACCGUUGCCCAUUUGCUAGCUCUUACCCUACAUCCUCCACAAUCAUUCCCUUCGCCAAGGACCGCCUUAAUGAUUAUAGACGACCUGCACGCCAUCUUUGAAGUAUCCUACCCUCGCAAUCGCGCAAACACCUUUUCGAGUCACAAGUCCGAAGCUGCUAGAUGGGCCGCCGGUCGUCGCUACGGCAUCAUGGGCACUCUCAUUUCUGCUUUGAAANAGUUGGCUGCGCUUAAUGAUAUGGCUAUUAUAGUCACCACUGGAUGCGCAACGCGCGUACGCCCUGGUAGCGGCUUGGGCGCUGUCUUGGUGCCUGGCAUGGGAGGUGCUGAAUGGGAGGCUGGCAUAUCCAACAGACUGGUCAUGUUCAGAGACUUUAAGCUAGGAAGCUGGGCUCAACAACAGCAACAUCCCGAGAGCGCGAGAUACAUUGGACUGCAGAAGAACAAUGGCGUAACCUUCUCUGACGAAGGCGAAACGGGCCAAGUGGUUCCCUUCACCAUCGACAAGGACGGCCUCAAGGACAUCGUCAACAAAGAUUCUACUGCCGAUGCUCCCGUCGUUACACUUGCCGCGUCAUCUCCAUCCAAGAUUCGCAAGCGGCCGUAUGCCGAGAUUGCUGAUGGCACUGCCGAAGGUCGCGAUGAGUACGGUUGGCUGAAUGGCGACGAAGCAGACGCAGAGGGACUGAUCGAUGAAGCUGCGUUGCUCGAGGACGACGAAGCUGCUGCUACCGCUGCACCCGACGACAGACCUGCCACUAUCAUCAUUGACGAUUGA